AUGACUGAAAGAGAAAAAGUACAUCAAGAAACUGAAGAUGCUAUUCACAGAGCAGAUGAAUUUGUUCAAACAAUAGAAAGAGAUAUGUUAUGUAUUGAUGAUCGUAUUAAUGCUUUUCGUUUAAAACAACAAGGAUAUGAACUUCUUCUUGUUCAUACUAAUUCUAUUCAAUCAGCUGAUAAAGAAACUCUUGUUAAUAUUGGAGAAGGUAUUCAUGUAAAAGCGGAAUUUAAUAAAAAAAAUAUGAUGCUUGUUGGUGUUGGUUUAGGAUUUUAUCUUGAAGUUUCUAUUAAUGAGGCAAAAGAAAUUGCACAAAAACAAAUUGAAAGACUUGAAAUGGAAAUACAACAUGAUCUUCUUGAAUUAGCAAAGAGAAAAGCAACAUUAACACUAACAAAUCAAGGAAAACAACUAUUAGAAAAAGGAUUUUAA